ACCAUUCCCGACCGUCCCCGGGCCAUGGCGGCGGGAUCGGGGAGCUCGGUGGGCUUCGUGGGCGCCGGUCGCAUGGCCGCCGCCAUCGCUCAGGGCCUCCUCCUGGCAGGCAAAGUGGAAGCGGGCAACGUGCUGGCCAGCGCGCCAUCCGACAGGAAUUUAUGUCAUUUCCGGAGAUGGGGCUGCCGGACGACCCAUUCCAACGCGGAAGUGCUGACGAGCUGCUCCGUGAUCUUCUUUGCCACCAAGCCCCACAUCCUGCCUUCCGUCCUUGCCGAGGUUUCUUCCGUCGUCACGGAGGAACACAUCCUGGUCUCGUUAGCUGCCGGUGUUUCCUUGCAGACCCUAGAAGAGUUGCUCCCCCCGAACUCCCGGGUCCUGCGGAUCAUGCCCAACCUCCCCUGCGUGGUGCAGGAGGGGGCCGUGGUGAUCGCCCGGGGCAGCCGGGUGAAGAACGAAGAGGCCGAACUGGUGCAGAAACUGCUGUCGGCCUGCGGGCUCUGCGAGGAGGUCCCCGAGAGCUACAUCAACAUCCACACCGGCCUGAGCGGCAGCGGGGUUGCCUACGUUUGCAUGUUCUCGGAAGCCCUAGCAGAAGGCGCCAUUAAGAUGGGAAUGCCAAGCGCCCUGGCCCACCGCAUUGCAGCCCAGACCUUGAUGGGUGCAGGGAAACUGCUGUUAGAGAGCGGGAAGCAUCCGGCUCAGCUGCGGACAGAUGUGUGCACCCCAGGCGGCACCACCAUCUACGGGCUCCAUGCCUUGGAGCGAGGCGGGCUGCGCGCUGCCACCAUGAGUGCCGUGGAGGCUGCCACCAGCCGGGCACAGGAGCUGGGCAAGCGCUAGGGGAUCUGCCUUUGGCCUUCUCAACCACCUCCUCCCUCUCCUUGCUCCACCGAAGGACCACAAAGGAGCGCUUCAAGGUGGGAACGGGGAAAAUGCCGUCGGCUCUUAGAAAUGCCAUGCCCACCAACCGGCAUCCUUUCCUUCCGGCCGCGGACGUAGGGGUCUGCUGCAUCCAUGGGUAUUAGAAAACCUUCUGCGGGCAGAGCUUCUGUCACUACCCCCUUGCUAGACCUUUAAUUCUGGCUGCUGGGGACGGUUGAGGAUGCUCAAGGGACAGGAGAGACGUAGAUUGGGGUUUCUUCCCUCUGGCAUUGCCAGAGUAAGGACAUGUUUGGCACUGCCUAGCUGCCUCGCUGGCAGCCUUCGCUUUCCUCGAGAUUUUAAAAGUCUUUUAGAAGCGCUUUUGGCUCUCGAGCCGGCAGCUGCGGACGAAGCCCGUGCGGGGUCAGAAAUGGGGAUGGUCUUUGGAGAGCGAAGAUGGGGAUUAGAUCUGAACUCUGCAUCCCAUUUCACCCACCUGGCUUCCCUGAGAAGGGGGAGGCAGUGCCUCACCCGCCGCGAUCGACUGACUGCUGAUCCCGGCAUUUUAGGUCCUAAUCUCAUACCCCCACCACAGACAGACAGGGGCAGAACACAGUCUUUGAAUCAUGUACCGGUUGAUUGCUUUUCACUGCCUCAGAUUCCGCAUCUCACCUCUGAAGAAUAAAUGGAAAUUAAAAAGCAAGGGAAACAAUCUCAGUAAGG